GAUGAAAUGUCGCGUAGAUCACGAUUUCUUUUAAUUCGUUUAGGAUAAAGUUUUCACUAGUAUUUGGUGUCAUUUUAUUCCUACUUCGGUAUUAGUGUUAGGAAAUCAUGAAUAUAGAUUUUGGUGAUGUCGUUGCCGGUGUCUCAGUAUGAAGCCCUUCUGGCUGAGAUGCGCGGCCUGAGGCGGAAGGCGCAGCGCGUCCAGCAAAUCGCGAAACCGCUUCUACAGGGCGAUUCUUCCAACUUGUUCUCUUCGUUGGACGAUGCCGUCGUCUCGUCUGGCGGUCUGAGAAAGUACCGUUCUCAUUCCGAACAAGUUUAUAACAAUGGGUCGUCUGAACCAUUAGAUUAUACCAUGGAAUCAUUACUUCUCGGCAGACACAAUUCUACUUCACCGAAUUACGACCAUGGAGUCGCAAGCAGUGUCGAGGGCGACAACGUUUGCAGCGAAGACGAAUACGGGGGCGCUACAACAAAUAGCACAAAAUUAUCGGUCAGCAGUGAACCGACGCCAGACAGCAAUCGUAUUGCUGGUCUUUACCAUGGCACAUGGCCGGUAGAAAGAACCAUGUGGAAUUCAGAACCUGCAAGUUUGGGCACAAAAGCGGACCAACAGAAUGCCAGAAAAAAUAUCGGAAAUCAAAUGGAAGUAACUAGUGUAAUGAGUUUCGCAUCCAGUUCAGGUGGGGUACCUCUGGACAGGGUUUUAGACAGUCCUGAUAGAAGUAAAUGGUCUUCCCAACAGCUGGAAGCAAAAAUGGACGUAGUACAUAGCCUUUUAUCAAUGUUAGGAGGACAGGAGCAUAUUGAUAUGGGUGAAACGCUAUUAGCUCUCAGCACUUGUCCUGAAAGUUGUCUUGCUAUGCGCCAAUCAGGUUGUAUACCGUUGCUUGUUCAAUUGGUGCAGUCCGAUAGAGACGGUGAUACUAGAAAGAAAGCAGCACAAGCUCUACAUAAUUUAGUUCAUUCCCAACCUGAUGAAAAAUUAAGGAAACGAGAAAGUAGAGUGUUAAAAUUACUAGAACAUUGUCGAGCUUACACAGAAGCACUAAAAAAUAAUACAGAUUUGGACCAAAUUGACGUCAGUAGUACAAAUUCGGAAGACGGUGAUAGGCAUCCUGUACAAACAGUAGCCCAUUUGAUGAAGUUAUCAUUUGAUGAAGGUCACAGACAAGCUAUUUGCCAGUUGGGUGGCAUACACACAAUUGCUACGUUAGUUGAGGUGGAGCAUACAAUGCACGUAAACACUUCAAUUGAAUCACACUGUAUAUUAAUGCGUAGAUACGCUUGUAUGGCACUGACAAAUCUCACUUUUGGUGACAGCGGAAACAAGGCAUUGCUAUGUUCUUUCAAAGAUUUCAUGAGAUCCUUGGUCGUUCAACUACACAGUUCCAGUGACGAGUUAAGACAGGUGACAGCCAGCGUGUUACGGAACCUAUCUUGGCGCGCAGACUCUACAUCUAAAGAAAUUUUAAGAGAAGUCGGUUCAGUAACGGGUUUAAUGAAAGCCGCCAUGAUGGACAACAAAGAAAACACUCUAAAGUCGAUAUUAUCAGCCCUUUGGAACCUAUCCGCACAUUGUACAGAAAAUAAGUCCGAAAUAUGCGCCGUAGACGGCGCCUUAGGUUUCCUCGUGGAUUUACUAACCUACAAAACGCCGACGAAAUCGUUAGCUAUAAUAGAAAAUUCGGGAGGUAUCCUGAGAAACAUUUCCAGCCAAAUAGCCGUCAGAGAAGACUACAGAGCCAUCCUGCGACGCCAUAACUGCCUACAAAUCCUGCUGGAUCAGCUGAAAUCGCCUAGUUUAACCAUAGUUAGCAACGCUUGCGGAACAUUAUGGAACCUUUCCGCCAAGUGUCAAGCGGACCAAGAGGCCCUUUGGGAAAUGGGUGCGCCUACGAUGCUGAGCAGUCUAAAUCAUUCGAAGCACAAGAUGAUCGCGAUGGGUUCGAGCGCCGCGCUGAAAAACCUGUUAAGCGCCAAACCUCAGAACAUGUUUCAACCUCAACUGGAUGCUACGGCUUUGAGCCUGGAUCUGCCUGCAUUACCGACGCUGGGUGCGAGGAAGCAGAAGGCGUUUAUUCAAAAUCUUGACCAUACUUUAAGCGAAACUUACGAGAACAUUGAAAAAGAGUCUCCGGUGAAAAAAGAACCAAGAAGAAAAGAGGAAAUGCAAGAACUUAACAGUAAUUUUGCAAGUCUGAAUCUAAACGAACCAUCAACGAGUUAUUCCAGUGAUCCUAGAUUGAAUUCUAGAAUAAACCAAACCUAUGGUAGUACCAGUUUACCGUACAAACGGCCGAAUUGUACAUUUAUCCCUGUUAGAAAUAAAUUUUCAGAUUGCGCAUACGACGACGAAAUGGAUAUUUCCGAUCAACCUAUAGAUUAUAGUAAAAAAUAUUCCGAAACAAAGGUGCCAAACGGAGAAAAUCCUAACGCAAGUUCGAGAAAAGACCACAGCAAUUACUCAUUCGGCAAACAAUCUGACGAUAAAGAAAAUUUCGGCAUUUACGCCGAAACGGAUUUGGACCAGCCCACGGACUAUUCUUUGCGCUACGCCGAAGACGAUUCGGAUUCGGAAAUAGCGAAAAACGAGGAUACCAUCAAGACGUAUUUUACCGAGGACACUCCUUACGAGACGCCUUUUAACUUUUCUACGGCCACUUCGAUGUCAGAUUUGAGAAUGGACGAUAAGCAAGUCAUCGAUAACGAUAAGCUAAAGGAAAGGGAAUCUAAAAGCAACAAAAAGAUAAACGAAAGUCCGGAGGAAAAGGAACGGUGCAGUACCGAAGACAUUUCCGUUUUGGAUCACCGUGCUAAAUUAACCGACAAACUUCCGAAGUCCGAACUGAGUUCGGGGCUCAUGUCGCCGGAGAAGCCCGUAAACUACGCCGAAGAAGGUACGCCGGGGUACUUUUCGCGCGUGAGCAGCUUCGGCUCGUUGAAUUCGAUACCAGCCAACGAAACCGUCAAGGACCAAAAAGAAAACGAGAACCGUGAAUUGGAUGGCGAUAGAAAAGUCGAAAAAGUUUCGCCGAAAAUUGCGGCCGAAACUAAGGCUGUCAAAUUCGAAAGGGUCGUCAAUUAUGCUGAAGAAACUCCGCUCAUGUUUUCCAGGUCUAGUUCCUUAGCAUCAUUGGAUAGCAUCGAACAACACUCUAUACACGACGAUAGAAGUUCCGUGGUGUCGGAUUUCAGUCGCCUAACUAGCGGUAUAGUCUCUCCAAGUGAAUUACCAGACUCUCCUACGCAAACUGUACCUCCCAGUCCCAAGCCUAGGAAAACUUCGUCGGAAUAUCCCUCCAGCUCAAAGGGAAGGACACCACAACCAGUGCCAAGAUCUUUACCCAAACCGAGCGUUUUUGAAGAUAAUGUUACCAAAUUUAAAGAAGAAAGUACGCCAAUUCAAUUUUCAACUGCCACUAGUUUGAGUAGUUUGACCAUUGACGAUCCUGAAGAUGCUGAGGACGAGCAGGCUAGUGGACAAAAAACCUUGGAAGAUGGCACGCAUGAAGAAGAUAAAGUAGAAAAUGAAGAAAUCGAGAAAAAGGACGAAGAAAAAGAAACGGCAGCGUCCGAUAUUAUUGAUGAAUUUAUUGUUGAAUCAGAUGUAGAUGAAGAUAUACUGGCGGAUUGCAUCAAUAUCGGCAUGCAGAAUAACAGGCACAAUCAGUCCAAAAACAUUCCAACAUCGACCCCAACGAAGUUACCUGUCUCUAGUUUUAAGUACACGCCCAAAGGAGUUCAAAAUAGCAGCAUACCCAUGUCCAGAUCUAUUCCCAGGAUGAUCUCGCAACCGAAUCAGUCGAGAUCUUUCGAUAAUCAUUUGAGUAUUACAGGAAAUCAGGGCGACACCUUAAGAUCCUACUGUACUGAAGAUACGCCUGUCAGAUUGAGUAAUGCGGCGUCCAAUUCGGAUUUGAGUUUGUUGUCAGUCUCGAACGGCAAAGACGGGUCAAGGAAAGGCGAUUAUUUGUCGGACGACAGCAGUAACUUGUCAGGCGAAAACGACAACAUCUUAGCCGAAUGCAUCCAAUCGGCUAUGCCCAAAGCCAAAAAAGAUUCCAAACCGCUCGCCAAACCGUCCCCGCCGCGCCGCAACGUUCCAUCUGGAAAAUUCGCGCCGGGGACAGUUGACGCGAGGCGGCAGGAAGCCCCGAAAGUGCCCCCGUCAUCGACGGAUUCGAGAAGUCGAAGGGAUCACUCGCUGCCCGUAUAUCUAAACGCGGGGGACGAAGUGGAGAAUUACGAUGUCGAGAAUAGUCCUUGUCAUUUUUCGUUGAGGAGCAGUUUGAGUGAUUUGACCGUGGACGGGAGCGUGGCCGCGCUGAAGAGGAAUGGUCCUAACAGUCAAAACGAAUGUCCUUUGGCCAGAUCUGAGCUUAUUGAAGUUAAAGAACCACAAUCGGCAAAUUCAACAAUUCAACACAAUGUUAGCCAACAAUCCAGGAGAGAAUCUUUAUCUUCCAUUAGUGUAGAAUCAUUAGGAUCCCUAGAAGCUGAACAGGCUCUAUUGGCACAAUGCAUAUCGUCAGGAAUGCCCAAAAGCCAUUCGGAUACAAGAAGUAAACCUUUGGAUAUACCCAAACCAAGAUCGAAUUCGAUGAACCCCGUAUCGCACUCUUACGAUUCGUCGAGCCCCCCAUCGUCCGACAUCCAUCCAAAAAACGUGAGUGCUGCGUCUGUUGCCGGGAGCACGCGAGAACCUCGAUUCGCGAACGAACCGCAUCCCGCAACAAAUCAGUCCAGCGCGGUAGCAGGCGUAGAAAAAAAUCAAGAAAUCCAGCGGGAGAAAGGGACAAAGGCGGAGGAGAGCAGAGAUCGAGUUCCAGAGGCGCCAGGGAGAACAGGGAUCCCAACAAGGAGCACUCCGCCAACCGAUACAUCACGGGUCAGAUGCUCGCCUUCAGACGAGAUCUCAUCCCCAGGAACAGUGAAGAAUGGAUCUAGAGACUCGUUGCACAAAAUUUUGGAUGUAAUGGAGGAGCGAUUGAUAAGAAGUUGCGAAGACUCUAAAGUCGUAGACAAUCGAAUGCUUGAUCCUGACGCAAUGAUUGAAUCGUUGGACCGUUUCACAGCUGAAUUAGUAUCGCAAGCCAGCCAUCUUAACAAGGAUGAAAACUACAAAGUUUCGACAGGAGAUAACACUUGGAAUGAUGAGGUUUCUCCCAGUGACAUUACCUUUCCGAGUUUAUCAGGCAGUGCGCCCAAUGUUAUUACUUUUAGUCACGAGGAAGAGGAGGUACAACAAGACCUAAAUGACUUUCCCGAUGAUGGCAACCAACCCUCCAACGAUUUUUCUUCGAUAAACACCUCCACCAUGACGGAUAGCACACUAAUAGCUUUCGAAGCUAGCAAAAUGGCUACAGUUUUUAAACAAGAGGCCGAAAUGUCGGCUAGCAUCACGAGUGCCGCUUCUUUAGAACUAGACAACAUUCAACCUCCUUCGCAGUUAAAUUCCUUAACAAACAGUGCAGUUGGUUUAACAAGAAGCCCUAAACUGCCCAGAAGAAAGAAGUCCUUACCGGCUGGAUUGAUGAUACGUCGAGCUCUUAGUAAUUCUUUAAACAACGGUUCCAGCUUGGAAAGUCUCUCGAACUUGGACCAUGUAAAUCCCCCGUCAGACUUAUUAUUCGACAUGGAGGGGAGUAUGACGAGCCUAGCUAGUCUACCUAGCGACCAAAGAGCCGACUUCAUGAUCAACGGGAUCAUCCACAAAGACACCAUUCACAGCAGCCAACAUCCUAUUUUUGACUUGAAACAACCGUUUAGCGAGUUGGAAAAUAUAAACCCUCCGUCGUUGUUCAACGAAAUUACAGAUUUUUGCAAUUCUUUGGCCGACGUACCUACAGAAGCGAUUUGCAGCGAAACGGAUAUAUUCGAAGACUGUUUUACUCAUGUCGCUGACGAUGAUGGAACUGCUGCAGAUUUUACUAUUGCUUAUGAUGCAGUAGAUGGGAUAUCUGAUUCUAUUAACGAAACUUUAAAUAAUAUUGAAGAUGAAGACGAAGAUACAACUCUAUUUUCGGACGCGAGAAGCAGUUUGGACUCGACGCCAAAAAAGAGCAAAAGCCAUUUGAGUAAAUCUAUGACGACCAAGCAAAGAAGAAACCAAGCUAGAGAUAGAUAUAAAACUUAUACUAUCGGAUUAGAAAUGGUGAUGCGGGAAGAAAUAGAAAAACAGAAAGAAAGCAGCGAAUCUGCUACUGGUGACUAUAAAACAGCCGGUAUAGACAGCGGCGUUGGAGAAGCGGACAGUACAACCUCUUCACCUACUUUUGCCUUAAGAAAAGAAAAAUUGACGCCAAAGGAGAGAAGAUUGAUGAAUAGAUCCCGUUUCGAAACCCAAAUUUUGGAUCAAUCCAUUACUAACAUCCUCCAACAACCCGUGAUAGACUCGCCGCCACUGCAAGAUUCGACCGUUCAAAAUUCCAACUCGAACAGCUGCUCCUCGUCGCCCUCUCAAAGUCCCGCUAAAAGUAAACUGAGCAUCAGGAGGAACUUUAUCCAAAAGAGGUUCGAAAACAAGGAACGGUUUAGGACUAGGACGCUGAGCGAGACGAGUUUUUCGCCGGACGUGUCGUCUUCUUCACCGCCGUUGAACGGCGACAGCGAGGUCCAGCUUCAUCUGCAAAAAGAAGCCAAUAGGGUAUUAAAGACGCUCAGAGAUACCAAAACACAAGACGAACUAUUGGACUGCGAGACUCUUAGUCUGGUGAGCAACGACGACGAUUCUGAAUACAACUCUGGAAGUUCUGUGAAUUACAGAACUUAUCACAAGAGUUGGGGAUUUAAAAAGAACGUUCCCGUUAUAACAGACGAACCAGCUCGCGUUCUAGAACGUGGUCCUGUGGAAGAUAAUGCUUUCGACGAAGACGAAGAGCAGGAACAAGAAAAACGAUCGUUAGGCAAACCGAAAAUCGUGAAACCAGAUGAGAAACCGGUAGAAGAAGAGGUUGCGGUAAUUGAAGAACAAUCGAAAGGCGUAAGGGGUCGCAGAAAACCGUUAUAUUCCAAAACCAUUACUAGCUCUACACCGAAAAGUCUCAAACCGGUCAAAACCAUGACCUCCACUCUCGUGAAGAACGUCUCAUCUACUUUUAAAUCGGGAACGGCGCUGAAAAACGUCGUAACGAGACAGAAUAAAAAUAUCACACCACCCGUUCAGAGUCGAGCUUCGAGUGGAUAUGGCAGCAGAAGCGUUUCAAAGACGGCUUCACCUAAGACGAGUCCUGCACGAACGCCUUUGAGUAGUAGAUGCAGUCCGAAACAUACACCUUUGACUAAAACUCAACUUACACCAUUAAAAGGUGCAGUUAAUACUUCGUUAGAUCGGCAAGGCACAUUUACCAAAGACGAAUCGUCGCCUAGCAGCACCACUCCAAAAUCCACCAGUAAAAUUCCAAUGGUUUCGAAAAUUCCCGCAUUUACAUCAAAAAUCGCUGUAUCUAAACUGCCCAGCCCGACGCACGCUUCAAAAAUUCCCGGAAAACCGCCCGUAAACAGGACCAAUGGUUUCGUAAAAUCCGCUAGUUCUGACAGAGCUAAUAGGAAUCCUAAGGUUUACAACAGAUCGACCAGCGCUGAUAGUAGAGAGCCGACGGCUAGGAAGAUCCAAGCUAGCCCGUCCAGUCAUAGCUUGAAAAAUGAAGUGAAGGUACAGCAGAAUGGAGCCGUUAAGAAGUCUUCAAUACCCAGCUUUACACAAAGGUCUAACAGCAAUUCAAGUCUUAAUUCUACAGGAAGCUCUAAUACCGUCAAAAAGCAAGUGACAAGCAAAAUUGCUAGCCUAUGGAAGAAAAUCGAAGAUAGUAAAAAACAGCCUCCCAAACAAGAUAGUCGCGUUUGGAUACAACCUGAUGCCGAAAAAGAACCUCCUCGUUUGAUUAGGAGCAACACUUUUGACAACAAAGAUGGACUAGCAUUGAAGAAUACACAAGAAAAUGACAACGUAUGCAUUUCCAGGUUAGAUCCGUAUGAGUUCACUGAUGAUGGAGAUGGAGUUUCGACUGAUAGUUUUUAAUUUGUAUAAUCCCAUUUCAUUUUUAAAGAGCAUUUGGUUCUUUUAACGUUCCUGGAGUUUAUCUUCAAAAUAUGUACCAUGUGUGUAUACAUUGCUUGAUAUAUUGCAAAUGUAUUUGCUGUUAUUUGAAAUGUUCAAUUUGUGCUUGCUAUAAAAAUUACCAAUUACCAUUUGUUUUUUAAAAUGUUUAUUGUAUUUGUUACAUUAAUGGAAAUUUAGCUAUUUACCAUAGACUUUACUUUGUUUAGGGAUAUUAAUAUUAAAUUAUAAAAAAAAUUAACCUAUUUCUGUCAAGAUGCUCUACUUUUUAUUAUAAAUAUCUAUUUAUGUAAGUAACAGUGAAAAUUUCGAUUUUUUUUAGUUUUAAGUUAUCGGAUUGUACUUUCUAGUCGCAGUUUAAUUGUAUAAGACUGUAUAUUGUAUUUAUUUAGGUAGUUAUUAGUAUCUUGUUCUCCGUGAUAAUUUAGCGUAAUUUGUAUAUAAAUAUAUUACUAUAUAGAAAGAUGCGUAGAAUUAGCCCAUAAUUUUUUAAGAUUUGUAUUUAAUUUUCGUUGAACGGCCCAGAUCAUAUGGUCUCAGUCGUUCUAGUUUAGAGGCUGUUUUAUCACAUAUUCUAGAUUCUAAAAAUCGUUUAUAUGAUUAAAUUUGCUUUACUUUGA